AUGCCCGCCGACUUCAGCGGCACCUGGAACCUGCUCAGCAGCAACAACUUCAAGGGCUACAUGCUGGCCCUAGGUGUUGACUCUGCUACUCGUAAGACAGCCAAGUUGCUGAAGCCACAGAAAGUGAUUGAGCAAAAUGGAGAUUCUUUUACCAUCCACACAUACAGCAGCCUGAGGAACUACCUUGUUACAUUUAAAGUUGGAGAAGAAUUUGAUGAGGAUAAUAAAGGCCUGGAUAACAGGAAAUGCAAGAGCUUGGCCACCUGGGACAAUGACAGACUCACCUGUGUCCAGAAGGGGGAGAAGAAGAACAGAGGCUGGACCCAUUGGAUCGAAGGGGAACUUCACCUGGAAAUGUUCUGUGAAGGCCAAGUGUGCAAACAGACGUUCCAGAAAGCCUGAGCUGUAUCCAGCCACAGAGCCCAUGUGUGACUACAGCUUAACAUUGAAAUCUAUCCCCAAAUGAACAGAUGUUCAUCUGUCCUG